AAGGCUAGAACUUUUUAAAACUGGGAAAAAAACUUCCCCUUUGUCUGUCUGUGGUUGUUCUCAGCAGAGGCAGACAGGGAGUAACUAUGCUGUAAGAAGCUUGAGGCCAGAUAUGAAAAAUCAUUGGUAACCUACCUAGAAACAACUCAUUUGAAACCCCAGAUAUGCACAGCUCGGCCAGAGGUUUCACAGUGCAAGGAGUUGGAUCGCAGAACAGAGGCUUCAGAAGAGAUCAACAGAGGUGAAAGUGAGGCUCCACUGGAUGAACUCACAAAUUUGGAUGAAACCAAGAUGGAACAACGGGUGAAAUAUGUGGAAGACAAACUCAGGGAAAUGAAAGCUCGAUUUGAAGGCGCAGAGAAACGAAUAGAGGUUUUGCAAGAACGGCUCAGCCCUGGAUUGGAGCCUGUCUUGGCCAAUGCAAUGGGAAGCCAUAAGUUCUCUGAGAACCUGAAUGACCCUUGUCAAGAAUCAGAUGUGCUGGAGAUGUACCACAAGCUCAGGACACAUGAAUGGGAGAAAGCCAAAUGUGCUGCAAAUGGCUCUGCCUUCCCAAUGACAUAUGAAAAAGGUAGCACCAUAAUUAAGACUGUGUUUUCCAAAUGUGAAGAAGAGCUGUCACAAAGACUGGAGCGAAUUUUUGAACUCCUUGAGAUUCCAGUUUCAAAGAAAACUACAGGCUUCUUUGACAGCCAACAGUUGCCCCCGGGGCUGGCAAGAGAGAUAAAGAAUCACCUUAAAAAGCUCUAUUUUAACUAUGGAGAAGACUAUUACCAAGCCAAGAUUUGGCCUUCACUUUCUCCUGAUCUACAGAAGUUUCAGCCACUUGUACAUUUCACAGCAGAGUGCUACAAAAUUUACUGUUUGUUGCUUCUUCAGAACCCGUCCAUUAAAGCUGUGUGGCCCACAGAGGAAAGAAUCCCAAUCUCUUGCAUACAGCAUGUGGACAAUAAAAACAUGGAGGAUAGGAUGCCAUCAAACUUUCUGUGGCCCGUGCUGGCAUGUGGGAGACUAGUGUACAAGAAAGCUGUAAUCUAUGAUUAAAUGGAAUGGUGUUUGGAGUUCAAUUAUACCUCUGUGUUAUAAAACAAUAAAAAAAAUAGUG